UCAUACAAAAUUUCCUCUUCCUUCCCGUUCGUGGUUGUAUAUGUCUACGCUUAAAUAACACAAGAAACCACCACCAAAGGCUCAGAUAAAAAAAACGUAAUAGUGUCCAUAUAGGCAAGUACAAGGGACUAAUACUACUCAGAUCACUUGUUAUUUUGGAAUUUCCAACAAUGUGUCUUUAUGAACAUUUGAAGUACUGGGGUAGCAACAACUGGGCAUGCAUGAAUCAGGUCUCCUGUAGUUUUGGUCUUUUUCAAAUGGAAGGACUAUUUGAAAUCAGCUUUCUCAUAGCACAGGAAUGAACUUUGGAAAUCUACACAAAGAAAAGCGAGUGUCACAAACUUUUGGCUUUAUCCCCUCUCAAGUGGCAGUGAGAAGGAGGCCUUAUCAGUUGUGAGUGAGGAUCACACAGUAUAUGAAGCAUCACCAUUUGGCUCCCCCAGUUUAAUUAAAACAGAUAUGAGGUCAUCUGAGGAGUACAACCAGCCACCCAAAGAAGGCAGUGAAGUUCCAGAUGAGGACUGGACAAACCAGAACUCUCAUGUUGUGGUGAAAAGAGAAAAUGAGCACAUAAAUGGAGCCAGGGAAUCACCAGUGGACUGUAGCAUUCCAAGGAGGCCCAAGAUGGUGGGGAAUACAGAACCUUCUCAUGUAAACUAUCAAAACAGCUAUCAAGAACAAAGAAGCAGUCCUUCAACAAACAACCCUACCACCAAUAAUAGUUCAAGCACUGAAGAAAGACGGGUCAUUGUCCCAGCAGAUCCUGGUGUAUGGACACAUGAUCAUGUACGACAAUGGGUAGAAUGGGCAAUCAAGGAAUACACACUCACAGAUGUCGAUGUUUCUUUAUUCCAAAGCAUAGAUGGGAAGGAGCUGUGCAAAAUGACCAAAGAAGACUUUCUACAUAUAACAUCAAGCUAUAACACAGAAAUUCUUUUGUCUCAUCUAAGUUACCUAAGACAAAAUAAUCCUACAUUUACCUACCCAGCAGCCCCUGCUGCAGCUGCUCAGCCUCAACCUCGUACUACAGUGAAAACAGAAGAUCCUUAUGAUGGCAUUCGACGACCCAGUUGGUCAACAAAUAUGAAUAUUGUUCCAAAAGGUUCACCUACUCAUGUCCCGAGUAAUGGGAGGACAACAGAACCAAUCCGACCAAUCCAGCAAGAUCCUUACCAAGUUCUAGGACCUACAAGCAGUCGCUUAGCAAACCCAGGGAGUGGACAAAUUCAGCUCUGGCAAUUUUUACUAGAACUACUCUCAGAUAGUGGUAAUUCCUGUUGCAUAACAUGGGAAGGGACAAAUGGUGAGUUUAAGAUGACUGACCCUGAUGAAGUAGCCCGGCGAUGGGGAGAGAGGAAGAGCAAACCAAACAUGAACUAUGACAAACUCAGUCGUGCACUACGUUACUAUUAUGAUAAAAAUAUCAUGACAAAGGUGCAUGGAAAAAGAUAUGCAUAUAAAUUUGACUUCCAAGGCAUUGCACAAGCCCAGCAAGUCCACCCAAAUGAAACUACAGUGUACAAAUUUCAGCAAGAUAUUUCAUAUAUGCCUGCUUAUCAUCAUCCAAAUCAGCAGAAAGUAGGCUUUAUUCCUUCCCAUCCACCACAACUGCCAGUACCUACAAGCAAUUUCUUCGCACCAUCAACACCAUACUGGAACUCAGGAUCUGCGAAUAUCUACCAAAAUCCAAGUGUGACUCGUCACCCAGGCACUCAUGUUUCACCUCAACUUGGACAAUAUUUUUAAAUACAAUGACUAAACAGAAACUGAAAUCGAACAAACUGCAAAACUCAAAAGCCAGUCCCUCUUGUCUGCCUGAUGGUGGCUUUUUGUAACAUAAAAACUGUAAAAUUGCAAUAUUUUAAAGAUUAGGUUGCAAUGUGUCUAGAUCAAAUAGUUCCACACUGACUUUAAACGUGUUCAAACAUUAACUGAGCACAUUAAAUGACAGUUAGUUGUUUUAUACAAAACAGGAGAAAGCAUGAAUUCCCUUUCCAGAAUGAUAGCUAUUAGAGCUCCAUGGGGCCUGCUCAUAUGAAGUCUCUGUAUUUUACCUCAGAAAUUAAUCCUUGCACCUGCGGCAGUAUAGCCAGCUAGAAGAAGCAAUUUGGAUUUUGGCUAAUAUCCUUGUCAUUUGUGGUAAGAUGCCUGUCCUUUACAGAGCUAUUUUAGCCAACUAAAAUAUGGCACAUGCAAACUCAGUGAGAAGAUGUUCCAGAAUUUUUGCAUCUUGGACAACAUGCAACAUACUACUUGCAGUACAUGCAAAAGAAGUGCCUGGCUUAAAAUAGAACAGUUCUCUGAAGAGGGAAUAAUUUAAAAAGUGAUUAAUAGAAACUCUGUCAGAUUAACAAGCACGGAAUGUGUUACAUGUAUUAUACCUGCCAGCCUACUGUUUAGACUAGUCAAGUUGCAAUCCAAAAAUGUCAUGCCAUAUUAUUUUAGACAAUAUGUUUUCAGUGUGUUGUACAGUUUAGCAGCAUUGCUCAUUUUGUCACUG